GGGGUUUAGCUGUAUUUUCUUUUGUGAUGCUAUUCAAUGAGUUAAUAUGAGCUAUUUAUUGAUUGAUGCUUCCUCUAAUUACAGAGAUAAAAAGAGAAAUAGAAAACUAACUUUUCAUUUUUGGUGACAUGAAGGCACUUUUCUUUUGUUUGGGUGGAAACUGAAAGAACUUGAAACAAACUUCCAGCUCCCACCACCACUACACACACUUGAUGAGUGGAAAAAGGUAGAAGAAGUAAUCAAAAUAUCUCAAACCAGUCAAUUGACUGCUCGAAUUGAUUGGUUUCUUCUUUGCUUUCAUCAACCAUUACUUUUAAUUUUUAUAAUAUUGUUUUCAAAGUGAGGAUUCUUCUCCACUGUUCUACUUAACUAGUGGGCUGUGAUUCUCUCACUCAAAGUCUUAUUCUUUCAUGUGAAAACUCAGACCUUUUUCUUUCCAUUGGGGUUGUGGUUCAUCUAUAUUCUUUGUGUUGCUGAUAUCUUUGUUACACUCACUUUCUUCUUCUUCUUCCUGUUCUACAUAUUUAUCAUAAAUGUCUGAACAAAGUGGGAGAUUGUAUCAAUAGUUGUGCUACCUGAGAUUCCGCUAUGACUUUCUCAUCUUUAUGACUUUGACUUCCUUGCAUCAGUCUCAAAAUCAGCUAAGAAUGGGUGUGAAAUAUUAAUACAUCUCUCAUUGUAUUGUGAUACCAUGAAAAUGUCUUGGUUUUUACUGCUAUUGAUAGUUCUUCAAUUUGGGGUUUUGGCAAAUGGGGGUGCCAGACCUGCCGUUGUAAAUAUCGGGGCUAUGUAUGCCGUUGGUAUCAUUAAUGGAAAAGUUGCGGAGAUUGCCAUGGAAGCAGCUGUUCGAGACGUUAAUUCUGACCCAAGAGUACUACGUGGAAGCAAAUUAGUUCUUACUUUGCAUGACUCCAACACCAGUGGAUUUCUUAGCCUUAUUGGAGCUUUGCAAUUCAUGGAGAAGGAUAUAGUGGCAAUAAUUGGCCCACAAAAUUCUGGAAUGGCGCAUGUUCUCUCACAUCUUGUAAAUGAACUCUGAGUUCCUAUGUUGUCUUUCACUGCUUUGGAUCCCACCCUCAAUGCGCUUCAGUACCCCUUCUUUGUUCAGACAGCCCCAUCCGAUCUUUUCCAGAUGACAGCAGUUGCUGAUCUGGUUAAAUAUUAUGGUUGGAGAGAGGUAAUUGCGGUAUUCACUGAUGAUGAUCAAGGACGGAAUGGUAUUGCUGCAUUAGGCGAUAAACUUGCAGAACGCCGUUGUAGAAUUGCUUAUAAAGCAGCACUUCCUCCAAAUUACACAGAUGCAAACCGGGAUCAAAUUACAGAUGUAUUGGUUAAGCUUGCAUUGAUGGAAUCACGGAUAAUUGUUUUACAUACUUACGCUAUCUCAGGUCUCAUGGUAUUUAAUGUAGCUAAGAAUCUUCACAUGAUGGACAGUGGAUAUGUUUGGAUCACUACCACUUGGCUCUCAACGGUUUUGGAUUCAAAAUCUCCUCUUUCUGCUGCAACUGCGAAUACAGUGCAAGGUGUUCUUACAUUCCGGCCGCACACUCCGGAUUCAAAAAGGAAAAGGCGUUUUAUCUCUAGAUGGAAGCAGCUUAGCGGCGGCUCCAUUGAUUUGAACCCCUAUGGUUUAUACGCUUACGAUACUGUAUGGAUGAUCGCACAUGCCCUUGAUAAGUUUUUCGAGCAGGGCGGAAAAAUUUCUUUCUCUAAUGAUUCAAGGUUAAAUAAUUUCAGAGGAGGGGCUCUACACCUUGAAGCUAUGAGUAUUUUUGAUGAAGGAAAGCAGUUCCUGGAAAAUAUACUGCAGACUAAUAUGACAGGUUUGACAGGUCCUCUUCAAUUUAAUCCAGAUAGGUCAGUCGUACGUCCUGCAUUCGAUGUGAUCAAUGUUAUUGGAACUGGGUUUCGACAGAUUGGGUACUGGUCAAAUUACUCUGGGUUAUCUACUGUGCCCCCUGAGACUCUCUACUCGAAGCCUCCAAAUCGUUCAAGUACAAACCAGAAACUAUUUAGUGUAAUUUGGCCUGGGGAAACAACAGUAAAGCCUCGGGGAUGGGUUUUCCCGGACAAUGGGAAACAACUGAGAAUUGGGGUACCUGAUAGAGUUAGUUAUCAAGAAUUUGUGUCUAAAGUUCCAGACACAACUGACAUGAUGAAGGGAUACUGCAUAGAUGCAUUUCUCGCUGCAGCAGCAUUACUCCCAUAUGCCCUUCCAUAUAAGUUCAACCCUUACGGUGAUGGUCUUAAGAACCCAAGCUACUCUGAGCUUGUACAUAUGAUUACAUUAGACGUUUUUGAUGCUGUUGUGGGUGACGUUGCAAUUGUAACAAACAGGACCAAGAUUGUGGAUUUUACACAGCCAUAUAUCGAGUCAGGACUUGUUGUAGUGGCUCCGGUUAAGAGGUCAAAUUCAAGUGCUUGGGCUUUCUUGCGGCCGUUUAGCGCGCAGAUGUGGGCUGUCACUGCAGCUUUCUUCAUUGUUGUGGGAGCAGUUGUGUGGAUUUUGGAGCAUAGGAUGAAUGAUGAAUUUCGUGGCCCGCCUAGGAAGCAAAUUGUCACGAUUCUAUGGUUUAGCUUCUCAACUUUAUUUUUUGCCCACAGGGAAAACACAGUGAGCACUCUUGGUCGUUUGGUGCUGAUCAUAUGGCUCUUCGUAGUUCUGAUAAUAAACUCAAGCUACGCUGCUAGUUUGACUUCAAUCCUAACAGUGCAACAGCUAUCUUCAUCCAUUAAAGGAAUUGAAAGCUUGAUAACAAGCAAAGACCGAAUUGGAUAUCAGGUCGGAUCAUUUGCUGAAAACUACUUGAUUCAGGAACUCAAUAUUCCCGAGUCUAGGCUCAUUGCUCUUGGGUCACCCGAAGUAUAUGCACAAGCCCUCCAAAAUGGGACUGUCGCUGCUGUGGUUGAUGAACGACCUUACAUAGAGCUUUUCCUCUCAAGUCAGUGCACAUUUUCAGUAAUAGGCCAAGAAUUCACCAAAAGCGGGUGGGGUUUUGCAUUUCCACGUGAUUCCCCGUUAACUAUUGACAUGUCAACAGCCAUUUUGAAGCUGUCAGAGAAUGGCGAUCUCCAAAGGAUCCAUGAUAAGUGGCUGUCCAGAAGUGCUUGUAGUUCACAGAGCACACAGAUUGAUUCUGACCAACUUCAUCUUAAGAGCUUUUGGGGUCUGUUUCUCAUAUGCGGAAUUGCUUGUUUCUUGGCUCUCCUUAUAUACUUCAUCCUGAUGUUACGCAAAUUCAGUCGACGCCAUCCCUCGGACAUUGACGCUAACGAUUCAAAUCAAGGCAGUAGUUCAGGGGCUGCACGUAUUAAUACAUUCUUAUCAUUUGUUGAUGAUAAAGCGGAGGCUGUGAAGAACAAGGCCAAGAGAAAAGCUUCUUUUGCUAGCAACGGAGAAGAUGAACCUUGCGGUUCAAUGAGGUCUGAAAAGAAUAUGUCCCCAGACAGCCAUUUUAAUGGUGUUACAUAACUUUAUCAGCACGGUCGCUCAGUUCUAAUUUAGGUUGUUGAAUCAAUAGUUUAAAAUGUCAAGAGUUAGCCCCAUUUUGUAAUUUUUAUAGUGUUAUAACGAGGGAACUGAAUGUCUUAAAAGGAAGACAUUUUGGCUCCAAUAAUUUUAAUCCGCAA